AUGGCUCGAACCCGGGACGAACGUCUCCCAUGGUCGCCAUACCAGGGUGUACGAGAACUCACAAGCCUUGAGACUGAACAGGAAAACAUUGAACUCGAAUGUUUACCAGCUUUUCAGCAUAUGCCCCUGGACCUCGCACGUAAGAGUAUACGACUUCUGACUGUUCUACCAAGGCGAACAGGAGGUCGGAUCUGUGGCCAACUGAGUCAGCAUUGCCUUCCUGAUAACGGUAGUGAUAUCAACUAUGUUGCUCUGUCCUAUGAAUGGGGCAACAGAUCCGGACCCCGGCGUCUCAUCAAGAUCAACGGCGCAAAAUUCGAAAUACAGGAAAAUCUCUUCCACUUUCUUGAAUCUCACGGGGACGCCGGGAUCCCGAAUCUGUGGGUCGACGCCAUAUGCAUCGACCAGGACGAUGUCCGGGAAAAAAACCACCAAGUACAGCUCAUGAAAGACAUCUAUGGCAAGUCCUCCGCGGUGACGAUUUGGCUUGGGCUAGGGAACCCUGAGAGUGACAGCCUCUUCGACUUCCUGAAUGGAGUCCCUGAACAAGAGCCGCAGUGUGCAUCUCUCAGCCAACCGCCACUACUCGAGGCGCCAAAAAAAUCGAAAACCGAACAACAAUUUCUUAACGCGGGAGCCAAAUGCUCACAGGCGGCUUACCAGUUGUGCCAAAGAACGUACUGGUCAAGAGCGUGGAUCGUGCAAGAAGCCCUCCUGGCCUGUAGCCUUGAGCUUGUCUGUGGUAACAAGCGAGUGUCUUGGACAACAUGGGCUCGAUACAUCGACUUGGUUGGUAACAUACCAGAAGAUACAAUGGAUCCGUUAUAUUGGCCUCAUAGAGGUUUCACAUUGGGAAUCAGAUAUUCUAUGGCUUUUACCUUGUGUCAGCAGAGGAUAGCCAGGCUUGGGACCAUCGCUAUGGAAGAUCUCGCUUUGCUUGUGCUGGCCUUUGCCGAAUCCGAGUGCUGGGAUAUACACGACAAAGUCUAUGCAUUCCUUGGACUGGCGUCGAACGGGAAGAAAAUUGCCGUCAAUUACCAAUGGCCCAUGGAGGGUCUCUUUGUAGCUGUCCUAGCAACCACCUCUGCAACUCUUUCAGAUCACGAAAUCUCUACCUUGCGCACGACCCUUGGAGUAGCCUCGACCUUUAUCGCUCGAGGUUUACGACUUGAUACAGAUGCCCCGUUGGAGUUUCCAGUACCAGUUGAAGAGACAGUGCCUGUCUGGAAGGCCAAAUUGAAAUACAAGAGGACCACAUAUUCACUUUCUUCAAAAAUAUCGCUGCGGUUUGAUGAGCGUGUCUGGGGCGAGGCGCAAAAGAACACUCCGCGCGUUUGUGAAUGUCCUUCAUGCAAGGCGUGGGCCAUAAACUACCACCAGCGACUAAUUGACCUGCACCAAGGAAGAAAGUUGCUGUUGUUGGCUCUUCCCGUGAAGGAGGAUGACAAGCACCAAACGUACCUGCUGUUGGAUGGCGAUGGUGAAUAUGUGGCCACCGGGACUUUGCAAAUCCUGGGCGGAGCAACCAACAGUUUCUGGUCCGACAUGAUCAUCUUGUACGACCCCCCUAUGUCCAUCAACAUCAGACCCGAAGUGCAAGACUCUGUUUUGGCUGCUUUGAGGCUGAACAAUGUCCUGCCGAGUGAAGCUUCUGCAGUAUUGGGCAUCAUGAAAGAUUGA